AUGGCACCCAACCUUCCGGGAUUUUAUUACGACGAAGAACGCCGGCGUUAUUUUCGUAUAUCUGACAAUAGAACCGUUAGUAUUGCAGGGUCAGCAAGUCAGUAUAGUAAAGAGAGUAUAAAGCGACAAAGUGUUCAGGCAGGAUAUGAUAAGCAGUAUUUAGUGAUAAAAAACAAGCGUCGUCAGACAUUGGAAAACUACAGGGCCAGCCUUCUCAAUCCUUUAGAAAGGGCGUUCCGAUCUUCAUCGUAUAAAAAGCACAACGAUGGACUGAAACUGCAGGAUGCAUUCGCAUCUUGGAGUAAAGAUAGUGUUCAAUCGCACCGUCCUGUUUCUGCUGAGUUGCUUAAUUUUCCAAACAGAAUGCUGAUAGGAGCAUUGGCAAAUCAUAUCCUGUUGAUUACGAAAGAAGGAUACUUUCAAGAUAAAAUAGCAUUUUCUACCACCAGGGGCUACGUUGCAGGGUUUUCAUCUUUGAACGACUAUUCCCAGGAAAGGUUUUUUGUUACAUUUUCUAUGAUUGAAUUCAAUCCUGAAUUAAAAUAUAAAAGUGAAUUAACUGAUGUGUUCAAAACACUAAAACUAGAGCGAAUAGAUACCACAAAGGAAGGGUUGAGCCGCUAUCUUUAUCACAAUAUCAAUAGCAGGUCUAACGUGCAUACUUUUGUGAUAUUUAUACAAGGAGUUCUUUCACCGCAAGUGUUUAAAGUUCGUCAAGUCAAACUCAAAGAAAAUGAUCGGGUACAUGAUUCUCUUGUCGUGGGAGAUACCUUGGUUAUUAGCGUAAACGACAGUUUGCAUUUCUAUAAUCUGGUUCCAGAGGUUCUUCCCAAGCCAUUUAUCUUUUUCCCUGUCCAGGGAUCAGGCAAGUCCAAAAAUAGAAGCGACAUCACUUCUUUAUCGUUCUGUCUCCAGGAAGUUGCUUCAACAUCGCGUUCAAAAAAACCAAAGUCCGGUGCAUUGUAUAUGGGGUUUAGAAGUGGUAAUGCUGCGGUAACAGUAGUAAAAGAUAUUGAAUAUACGGCUAUGUUACAAAGUUUCAAAGUAAAUGCAAAAGAGGCAAAAAGAAAAAGCCUAUUCAUUGACACUGCGUUAAAAUCAGUUGUUUCCAUAAGGUCUUUGAAUAAAAAGGGCUUGAUCAUUAUAUCUGGUAUGGCUGACAAAGAGAAUGCGCAAAGAUUGGUCAUUGUUGAUACCUUUUUAGAAGACACCCUAACGAAAAAGUCAGUUGUAUCUUUCAGAACCAAAUUUUUAAACGUGACUAAGGACACAGAAUUAUUCAAGGUAUCCGGUGACGGACAUUAUUUUAUUUAUGGUUCCACAAGUGCUAGGGACGGAAAGGGUGAUUUUGAAGUUUUUUGUACUACCUUAUCUGGGAAUCUCAAUUACGAAAGAUUAGCGAAUGGUAAUAUCACCAUGUACCCAAUAAGAGAGAUGAGAGACUACUGCAGGUCAGAAGGCUCUGAGUUCAAAUUUAUCCAUCUACAUUCGGCUUUUAUAGCGCCAAGAGCUGUAAAAAUGAGCAAAGCAACAGGAACAGCUAUUAAACCAGCUACCGUUCUGUCACAUUACAUAUCUGAAGAUGUUUUUUCCGAGGAAAUAUCUUUCUUAAUCAGAAGAGAGGAUAGUCCAUACAAUGGUGAAAAUAUUCUUAUCACAUCUACUCUAGCUUAG